AUGUCUGACGAAAAGCCGCGCAUCCUGCUUUACAUCCUGCGCCGCGACGCCCGCCUCUCAGACAACCCCAUAUUCACAGCUGCCGCACGACAUGUUACACGACAACAAGAUUCAGCGUCGCCAUCCAAGGCGGACCUGCGCACAAGAGACGAUUCGCUGACCUCGGAGCACCGAGGAUCUUCGUUCACCCACCUGCUGCCCGUUUAUAUAUUUCCCGCACAACAAAUCGAGUCGUCUGGGUUCCUCGCCUCUCCAUCAGACAAGUCGCCGUACCCAGAAGCACGCAGCCAUUACGCAAAGAUGUGGCGCACUGGACCUCACCGCGCGAGGUUUAUUGCGGAAGGUGUUUGGGACUUGAAGCAGUCGCUUGAGGAUAUGAAAUGCGGUUCUGGGUUACAAAUCAGGGUUGGCAUGAUUGGCGAUGUCGUCAAGGACAUCCUUGAGUACUAUUCAAAAAGUGGCGGCUCCAAAGGCGAGAUUUCUGGGGUCUGGAUGACAGCAAACGAGUCGGUCGAGGAGAAAGAAGAGGAGGUAGUGGUCAAGGGACACGCGAAACAGCACGGAGUCGACUUCAAGCUGUGGGAUGACGAGAAGUACUACAUCGACAAUCGCGACCUGCCUUUCGACAAUAUCUCACAGCUCCCCAACAUCUACACGACAUUCCGCAAAUCAGUUGAACCUCUACGAGAUCAGCCUCGCCGUAUCCUUCCAGCCCCCACACAGUUACCGCCGCUCCCACCCGAUAUUGCGCCUCAGGCAUCACCGUUCAAGAUACCCACAAAUUUCGAUGACCUGAUGAAAGCCCUCCGAGCGCCAUUCGACAAAGACCCUACGUUUGGCCUGGUAAAGCCUCCUCAGUGGCCUGGAGGUGGCGUAGAGUCGGCGCAUCCUUUCUCAGGAGGCGAGACUUAUGCGCUCGAGCGCAUAUCUCAUUUGAUCUCGAGCGGAGCCAUGAGCUCGUACAAAGCUACACGGAACGGCAUGCUCGGACGCGACUUCAGUACCAAGCUAUCUGCGUACCUCGCACAGGGACAUUGCACAGCUCGGCAAAUCCACUGGGCGAUGUUAGAUUUUGAAGAAGGGCGGGGAAACGGAAAAGGUGUACAAGGAUACGGAAAGGGGGAGAAUGACGGUACAGCAGCUGUGAGAUUUGAACUGCUGUGGCGGGAUUAUUUCCAUCUGUGCAUGCGCAAGUUCGGAUCCAAGAUGUUCCAUCUUUAUGGCAUCCGUCCACAGGAAAGCAGAAACAACAAGACUUCGCCUCCGCCUAAGAACUGGAAGCGGAUUGACAAGCGAACACAGGGUAAUGACCCUGCUCGAACUCUGGAGGCAUUCUGUCGCUUCCGUUCCGGGCGGACCGGCGUUGGUCUCAUCGAUGCAUCGAAUCGCGAACUCUUCCUCACCGGCUACACAUCGAACCGUGCUAGGCAAAAUGUUGCCUCCUUCCUUGCGUCGCAUCUCGAGAUCGACUGGCGCAUCGGCGCGGAGUGGUAUGAGUGCAUGUUGAUCGACUACGAUGUACCGAGCAACUGGGGCAACUGGCAGUACGUGUCCGGCGUAGGAAACGAUCCCAGACAAGGUCGGGUGUUCAAUCCCGUAAAACAAGCGUUGGACUACGAUCCCCAGGGCGAAUACAUCAAGGCAUGGGUUCCGGAGCUGCGUGACGUCAAGCUCACAAAACAAGUUGGACCGCAAGGGAGAGAGGAGAUCGACAAGCAGCGCUUAAUGGGUCUGUACCAAGCCAACAAACUCGCGGAAUGGGAGAAAGAAAGUCUGGGUCUGAAGGGCGUCGAGUGGGUCGAGAGGCCCUUGGUCAACAUCAACUUUUCCGUUGGGCGCGGCCGAGGUGGCCCUGGUCGCGGGGGCACGCGGCCCGGUCGAGGUGGUGGCGGUGGGGGAGGAGGACCUGGCAGAGGAGGACACCGCGGAGGUCAUCACCCACAGCAGCGAGAGCAUGGGAGAGGUGCAAAUGGCGACAAGCCGCACGUGAUGAACGGUCCCACUAUCGUUAGCAGUCAAUGA